CUGGGAACUGCGCGCAUUUAUUCAGAAGCAGAGGCGAGCGCAGCACAUAAAUUGUGAGGGGAGGCGGUGUGAGUACGCUUUUAGCAGUUGUCAGAUUUGCAAUUGGAUUUGUUGAAUAUAGUUGCCGUUUCGGAACAAAUGAGAACAAGGAAAGAGAAUAUUACAGCGAGGAGAGCUCAGUCGUUCAGUCGGAGCUCCAGGUCCGCACGCGUGCAGUUAGAUCAGAGUAGAUUUAUAGCUUUUCGGCUUUUCGCAUGGAAUUGAACAGGGGCAACCAACGUUGUUUCACUCAUUUAUUCGCGUUAUUACAUAGUUUAGAAAGGCGAAUUUCCGAGCGCACUUCCUCGCAGUCACCAGGCGAAUUACUGUCGAUAUCACGAAGCGUUUAGACGACAAUUCAUCUUUCGAGGGGUUUUUCGCGGUUAUCGAGCCGCACGAGUCAAGCAGCCGCUGCGCGCUUCAAAGCCAUUUGUGAGCAGCCUUUUUUCCCGCUGGAGUCGAGGACGGAUCGCCUGGGUUCGGACUCCUCGUUCCUCAGGACGAUGGUGUUGGAUAAGGAAGAGGGUGUGCCGAUGCUCUCCGUCCAGCCCAAAGGGAAACAGAAGGGGUGCGCUGGCUGCAAUCGCAAGAUUAAAGACCGCUACCUGCUCAAGGCACUGGACAAAUACUGGCACGAGGACUGCCUGAAAUGCGCCUGCUGCGACUGCCGCCUGGGGGAGGUGGGCUCCACCCUCUACACAAAAGCCAACCUCAUCCUCUGUCGCAGGGACUACCUGAGGCUCUUUGGAACGACAGGGAACUGUGCCGCCUGCAGUAAACUGAUCCCAGCCUUUGAAAUGGUGAUGCGAGCAAGAGAUAAUGUUUACCAUUUGGACUGUUUUGCCUGUCAGCUUUGUAACCAGAGGUUUUGUGUGGGGGACAAGUUUUUCCUAAAAAACAACAUGAUUUUGUGUCAAAUGGACUAUGAGGAGGGGCAGCUGAACGGGAGCUUCGAGACACCGGUCCAAUAGUCGCACCCAACGGCGGCAGCAGUUGGCCCCCACACGUACACACGAGAUGUUCUGCUGCACUUGGACAGAGACAAGCGUCUGCUUGCCUGCAAUACUUUUUAAAACACCUUUAUCAGCCCCUAAAGACUCUAUUGUAAAUGUUCUUCUCCCCCUACCCCAACACUGAGCAGUUACAAGUUUUGAUGUACAGUUGUGCCUGCUUAGCUGAGCACUGUAUUGCUUGUAUGUUUUUUUUGUGAAAUUUGUUUAGGAAUUAUUUUAUUUUUAUUAUCCUUUUGGAAAUGGUUAUUUGGAGGGUAUGUACAGUCUGUUUUCUCUGUAUAUAUAAACUGGAACAAUUAUUUUAUGAAAUGUAAUGCAAUUUUAUUACUAGUGUCAAUUAAAAAUUCUUAAAUGUUCAUAGUGAGUUUUUCUCUUAUACUAAAAAACCAAAGUUGUUGGAGAUGGUUGGCCCAUGUGUUGAAGUGUAAUCAUAGCUCUAAAAGCCACAAAGUUGUAAAAAGCCUUGCAAUGGGAACAACAAAUAUAUUUGAAGUCCUUUUUUGAAAAAAGAAACAUCAUGAAACAAGCAACAUUUUAUUACAUUUUGCAGGGUUCUGAUGGAACUAUAAAUGCUGUUGAAAAUGACCUAAAUAAGAUUUUAUUUGGAAUAAAAGAAUGCUUCUCCAAAC